UCUCAUCUUUGUCUCCAUUUCCACUCAUUACUUUACCCAUUCAUCAUCAUGGCCUCCAGAAAGCGUGCCUCAGACCUCCAGGGUCCUGGUGACGAGACCCGUUCCCAGACCAAAAAGACAAAGGUCAAUGCAGGCAAUGAAACCACCAGCAAGACCGACGACAACGGAGAUCGAUAUUGGGAGAUCUCCAAGAUGCGCCGCGUGACUGUCUCGGAAUUCCGAGGCAAGACCAUGGUGAGCGUGCGCGAAUAUUACGAGAAAGAUGGAAAGGAACUUCCAGGGAAGAAGGGUAUCUCUAUGACUCUUGACCAAUUCUCCUCUCUCAUCAAACUUCUUCCCGACAUUGAGCAGGCUGUCCAACAGCAUGGCGAGUCGUUGCCUCGACCCGUAUAUACUGGAGCUGUGGGCCAGGCGGAUGCCGAGGACGGCGAAGCGCAAAGCGAGAACAGCAAGGUUGCCAGUCCCUCCAAGCAAAAUAUCGAGGCUACGAGUGACGAGGAUAGCGAUUCAUAGGCAGUGAACUCUGGCGGGUUUUGGACAUUUCUGGUAGCAUGCCAAAGCGUACGCUGCCUUCUAUUUUUCUAUGGCGUUGAAUACCCUGAUAAUGAAAUUAUUCAUGUUCUUGUUGCUGCUCUUCAUUCUCUCCCUUUAGUUUAUGAAUUCAACACUUUCACAUACUCGCUUCUUGAGUGGCUAGACGGGUGGCUAGGGAGCCACCUCGCCAGGCAUGACGAGCAUCUGUUUCGUGAACAAGCUGGUGCUGGUCCCCGACUCGACCCCAUCCUCCUCCACCGGGAGUGCGGAUAAUAAUUCGCUCGCCGGCCUGCAUUUGGACCGAGUUCUUCCCUCCUAGACUGAUAUACAGCUCCUCCGAGCUUCCGUCGGCUCUUUUGACUCGCCGCACCCAAAGGUUCUGGCCGCAUUUGGCAUCCUCGCCUCCCUCCAGGCCGUAAGGGUGGUAGACUCGACGUUCUGAGAGGAUGGAGACCUGUACUGGAGUGCGGAAUUCAAUGUCUCGAAUGACACCAUCUCCACCACGGUGCUGUCCGGCGCCCCCAGAGUCUGCCCGGAGACUGAACUCCCGAAGCAAAACGGGAUAUCGUCGUUCGAACACUUCGGCAUCGGUGAUUCGUGUGUUGGUCAUAUGGGUGUGUACUCCGGAAGUACCUUCCCAAUCCGGACCGGCUCCGCUCCCGCCGGCAAUGGUUUCAUAGUAACCAAAGCCUUUCGUCUCGGUCUCUCCUUGUAGAUUGCCUCCAAAUCCGAACGUCAAGUUGUUGGUGUCACCUUGAGAAGCGGCGCAAGCCUGGAAGCAUUUCAGGAUCACAUCGGUAACUCGUUGACUCUGCGAAAUUUGGACGCAGUUAGUCACACGAUCCAAUUCGACAGGGAGGAGAUAGGGACAGAAACUUGAGGCUUUACAUACCGUCAGUACAUUGCCUCCUACGACGGCUGCGGAUUCAGAUGGCGACAAAAGACUCUUUGGCGGUAUGCGGACUUUGAUCGGCUUCAGGCAACCUUGGUUCAGAGGAAUGUCGGCAGAAAUCAGACAUCGUAGGCAGUAGAUGAUUGCUGAGUAGGUGACUGC